AUGACGCGGCAUCUGCGCCACGAGUGCGGCAUGGCGCCGAAAUAUCAGUGUCCCUACUGCGACAAGCCUUCCAAGUUUACCCAGAACAUUUACGCCCACAUCAGGAAGUAUCACCCUGGUCAGUGAUGUUCAACCUGUCAACAUUGCCUUACUUGACCGUCGUGGAUCGAAGAAGGAGAUGCUACGAGACUGGUAUACUUCCAACAGUGAACUCCGCAUCACGAGGUAGCUUUGAAUGCCCCAAGUGUCAGAAGACGUACAAAUGGUAUCGAGGACUCCACAGACAUUUGAAAUACGAAUGUGGUAAGGCACCACGCUUCCAAUGUCCGCACUGCAUGUACACUGGCAAACACAGGUCGCACGUGUACUCGCAUAUCAAGACGAAUCAUAGCGAUCGGCCAAUUUACGCUCUGGACACUCAACAGGGCUGA